AUGGAACCAAAACAUUCAAAGCGUUCGCUUGAUAUUAUUUCCAUAAAAGAAGAAAACGCUCUUAUCAGGGCUGCUACAUAUAAUGAAGACAAUGAAGAAUUACAAUUUGCAUUAUUCAACGACAAACCGGACUUUUCUCCGCAUGCCUUGAAACAUUACUUUGGAACGAGACUUUCAACACUCAUGGAUUUACCUCUCUUUCACAGAGAGGAGGGAUGGUUAGAGGUGCUCAAUCCAAUCCCUGGGUUAAGAGAAAUGACCGCCAGUAAUUGGAAUUUCUAUUUUUUGGGAUACUUCGGUUGGGUUGUUGAUGCGAUGGAUUUCUUUUGUGUUGCUGUUGCUGUUCCUGAAAUUGCUGCUACUUUAGGUGUUUCCGUGACUGACGUCAGUUGGGGAGUUACAUUAGUGCUAAUGCUUAGAUCCGUGGGUUCUCUCGGAUUUGGUAUUGCUUCAGAUUAUUUAGGAAGAAAGUGGACCUAUAUUAUUAUUGCAGCUUGUUUUAUCGGUGUCGAGAUUGGCACUGGGUUUGUUCAGACUUAUGAACAAUUCUUAGGGGUUAGAGCCUUGUUUGGUAUUCUCAUGGGUGGUAUGUAUCCGAUUGCCAUGGUUACUGCUUUAGAAGGACAGCCAACAAAGGCAAGAUCAAUUCUUUCUGGGUUCUUCAUACCAGGAUAUAAUGUCGGGUAUCUUUUUGCGACGAUUUUCUAUCGGGCCUUUGUUGAUACCUAUAAACCAGGGGAAGGAUGGAGAUCGCUUUUCUUUUUCUCAGGUGGUUUGUCGGUCAUCUUAAUUGUUUGGAGAGUGUGUUCCCCAGAGUCGCCAGAUUUUAUCAAAAUCCAAGAAAAGAAGAAGAAAUUCAAUGCUGAAAUGGAAAAGGGUGGUGGAUUCUGGAAGAAGUUUGAUUAUAGUGUAUUAGUCACACUUAAGACGGAAUGGUUAAUGUUCCUAUACCUUGUGAUUUUGUACAGUGGUUAUAGUUUCCUCGCUCAUGGGACUAUGGAUUUGUAUGCAACACUUUUAUCUACCCAAUUCAAUGUUAAUGUUGACCAAAGAACCCUUAUCGUUGCUAUCAGUAACGUCGGGGGUGUGAUCGGAGGUGUCUGUAUGGGUAAUGCUUCUGAGAUCUUUGGAAGAAGAUUAACCAUUAUAAUUUCUAUGCUCUGGUGUGGUGCCUUUUGCUAUCCAGCCUUCUUCAAUGCUGACAAGAAUUGGUGGGCAUAUGUGUUGUUAAAUGUUGGGGUUUUGGGUGCUUGGGGUGUCGGUCCAAUUCAUCUUUUAGAAUUGGUGAAUACUACCCACAGAACCUUAUUAGCUGGUUUAGCUUAUCAAUUAGGUAAUUUAGUUUCUUCAGCCUCUAUGACGAUUGAAGCAAAACUUGGAGAACUUUUCCCAAUUGAAGGGGCCGCUCCAGGAGUAUACGACUAUGCGUUGGUUAUGUGUAUUUUCUCAGGUGCUAUUUUUGCAUUUAUGAUACUCGUUGUUUUCCUUGGUCCGGAAAGAUUCCAUAAGGAAUUAAGAGUUAUUGACGAUGUGCAUGAGCUUGAAGAUCACGAGGAAAAAGCGGUUGACAUGAGAGAAAACAAACCAACCGUGUAA